AUGAAAUAGAUAUGAGAGACUUCUUAAUUAGAUGAGGUAUUCCACUUUUUGGAUAGAAACUAAAUGCUUCUAAUGUUCUCUCAACACAAUCUUCAUUUUCCCCUUUGAAGAAACAUGCAAUAUCAAGAAAUAUUUUCUUUUCAUUCCUCUGUAGCCCAUCAUGAAUUCACCAGACUGUGGACUAGAUGGUCUAGUUCCGAGGGAGCUUGGAAACCUGAAGCUGCUUGAUACUCUAUAUUUGCAUGCCAAUCAUUUUUCAGGUUCUAUUCCAAAGGAGUUAGGCAACCUGACCAACUUGGUGAAUCUUGACCUCUCCAACAAUGCACUCACUGGUGAAAUCCCAUUUGAGUUCAUCAAUCUCAAGCAACUGAAGCUCUUCAAUCUCUUCUUGAAUAGACUACACGGUUCCAUUCCAGACUAUGUCGCGGAAUUGCCUAAUUUGGAAACGCUGGGGCUGUGGAUGAACAAUUUCACCGGUGAGAUUCCUCAAAAACAUGGCCAAAAUGGGAAGCUUCACAUUCUUGAUUUGUCCUCAAAUAAGCUCACUGGUACAAUCCCGCAAGACUUGUGUUCCUCUAAUCAGUUGAGGAUUCUCAUUCUCUUAAAGAAUUUCCUGUUGGGUCCAAUCCCAGAAGGUUUGGAGACAUGUUAUAGUCUCACUAGAGUGAGGUUGGGGCAGAACUAUUUGAAUGGAAGCAUUCCAAAUGGUUUCGUUUACUUGCCUCGGUUGAAUUUAGCAGAGUUGCAGAACAACGUCCUGUCAGGGAAUUUAUCUGAGAAUGGUAAUAGUUCAUCUAAACCUGUUAAAUUAGGCCAACUCAAUUUGUCAAACAAUCUCCUCUCGGGUCCUCUGCCAUUUUCGCUUUCGAAUUUCUCUUCCCUUCAAAUCCUUCUGCUCAGUGGAAAUCAAUUCUCAGGUCCAAUUCCAACUUCCAUAGGAGAACUCCAGCAAGUACUAAUGCUUGAUCUUAGCAGAAAUUCACUUUCAGGUCCAAUUCCACCUGAAAUAGGAAACUGUUUCCAUCUCACUUUCCUUGACAUGAGCCAGAACAACCUCUCUGGUUCAGUCCCACCAGAGAUAUCCAACAUCUAUAUCUUGAAUUACUUGAACUUGUCAAGAAACCACUUGAACCAAACAAUACAAAAAUCCAUUGGUUCCAUGAAAAGCCUCACUGUUGCUGAUUUCUCUUUCAAUGAUUUCUCCGGAAAGGUCCCAGAAUCCGGUCAGUUCUCCCUCUUUAAUGCCUCCUCUUUUGCAGGAAAUCCUCAACUCUGUGGUCCUCUACUUAACAAUCCUUGCAAUUUCACCACCAUCACAAACACACCAGGAAAAGCCCCUAGUGAUUUCAAGCUCAUCUUCGCUUUAGGCUUGCUGAUAUGCUCUCUGAUAUUUGCAACUGCUGCCAUAAUAAAGGCCAAGUCUUUCAAGAAAAACAGCUCAGAUUCUUGGAACAUGACAGCUUUCCAAAAGCUAGAAUUCACUAUCACAGACAUCCUGGAAUGUGUAAAAGAUGGAAACGUAAUUGGUAGAGGAGGAGCUGGGAUUGUAUACCAUGGGAAAAUGCCAAAUGGGGUUGAAAUUGCAGUUAAAAAACUACUUGGUUUUGGCACCAAUAGCCAUGACCAUGGCUUUAGAGCAGAAAUUCAAACACUAGGCAGCAUUAGGCAUCGAAACAUCGUUAGAUUGCUUGCUUUCUGCUCCAACAAAGAAACCAACUUGUUGGUUUAUGAGUACAUGAGAAAUGGAAGCCUAGGAGAAGCCUUACAUGGCAAAAAGGGUUCUUUCUUGGGUUGGAAUUUGAGGUACAAAAUCGCCAUUGAGGCUGCUAAAGGCCUAUGCUACCUCCACCAUGAUUGUUCACCAUUGAUCGUUCAUCGAGAUGUAAAAUUCAACAAUAUUCUGUUAAAUUCGAACUUCGAAGCACAUGUUGCAGAUUUCGGAUUAGCAAAAUUCCUUAUUGAUGGGGGAGCAUCAGAAUGUAUGUCAGCAAUUGCAGGGUCUUAUGGCUACAUAGCACCCGAAUAUGCAUACACAUUGAAGGUGGACGAGAAGAGUGAUGUGUAUAGUUUUGGAGUUGUUCUCUUGGAGCUGCUAACAGGACGACGACCUGUGGGUGAUUUCGGCGAAGGGGUGGAUAUUGUACAAUGGAGCAAAAGAGUAACGAAUAAUCGGAGAGAAGAUGUGAUGCGCAUUGUUGAUCCAAGACUAACAAUGGUGACUAAAGAUGAAGCAAUGCAUCUAUUUUUCGUUGCAAUGUUGUGCUGCCAAGAAAAUAGCAUUGAACGUCCUACAAUGAGAGAAUUAGUUCAAAUGCUCUCUGAGUUUCCUCGUAACUCUCCAAAUUACGAUUCUUCAUCAUCUUCUAUUGUUUCCCAACAAUUGAAAAAUGGGGAAAAUGAGAAAAUACUUGCAAAAUCCAAACAAGAUCUUUUAGUUUAAGCUUGAAUAAUUUUCUUUUUCCCUUUGAAUUUUAAUGCUGUCUUUAAAUUGGCUUGAUUUUUGUUAUAGCUUUUUUUUUUUUUAUUAAUGUGCAAAGAAUAAUUUUUUUCUUUAUGAUUCUUGGGCAUAGAAUUAGGCAUAUAGAUGUAGGAAUAAUUUGUGGGUUACCUUCUUUUUAAGGAGUGUCCUCCUUAGGUGGAGAGCUUGCAAUCUUUUAUUAAAGGGAUCAUGAAUGCUUUUUGUAUUA